CUGUUAUAUAGAAAUAAUAAAAAAACAGAGUCUGGUGACAUUUUCAUCAACGGAGGCUGAAUUCAUCAACCUAACCCUAGCCGGCCAGGCUGCUAUCUGGGUUCGUGAUAUGCUUCACGACCUCGGCUCGGCUCAGCAGGUGACCCCGAUAAUAUUGCACACUAACAGCCAGAACGCCAAGCAUGCUAUCCUCAAUUCUUCACAGGCGGCACGAACGAGGCACAUCGAUAUCAGGUUCAAAUGGAUCAUCGCAAUGACCCAAAAGGGCACCUUCACGAUCAGCCAGAUCGGCACAACUAACAUGGCCGCUAAUGGCCUCACUAAACCUCUUCUUCGCUACACAGCAUUAAUAAAGAACGAAUAAGCAACGGAAACACCAUGGAUUUGAGUAUAAACACUGCUUUUGGAGGUCUUGAUGGCCUCAUUGUGAGCCUGAG